AUGCGUAGCAGCCACCGCCGACCCCGCUCGCUAGAUAUGAGUGGUCAUGGUGCCGGGACGAAGGCGAAGGCACAGCAACGGUGCUCCAGCAGCCAUGGUUUCCGAGAAUAUUUGGAGCUGGAGUUCCACAACCAUAUCUAUCAUGUACAAGCAUGCUCCCGUGCAGUUUUACUAGACAAUAGAAUAUUCAGUACGUUAUCCAAUGUUAUCCAAUCUGUGAAUGUGGAGCUGGGGUCCAUGGAUUUUGCACCAAUACUACCUUUGCUUUGUAUUUUAUAUGACAACUUCAGUGCUGCUGCUUUGAGUAUUGUGCCUGAAUGCUAA